AUGGGUCAAACCCUGUCGGAGCCGGUGGUCGAAAAGACAUCGUCCGAGGGCGGGGAUGACUGCUGCGUGUACGGUGUGUCGGCCAUGCAAGGCUGGCGAAUCAGCAUGGAGGACGCCCACGCUGCGAUUCUUGACCUCCAGGCAAAGUACAACGGUACUGGCGACGAGAAACCGACGGAUCCGGAACACCGCCUUGCUUUCUUCGGUGUUUACGAUGGCCACGGUGGCGACAAGGUCGCAUUGUUCACCGGCGAGAACCUCCACAAAAUUGUCUCCCGACAGGAUGCUUUCGCCAAGGGUGAUAUUGAACAGGCCAUGAAGGAUGGUUUCCUCGCUACCGAUAGGGCGAUUUUGGAAGAUCCCCGUUAUGAGGAGGAGGUUUCUGGCUGCACUGCAUCCACAAGCAUUAUCUCACAGAAGAAGAUCUGGGUGGCGAACGCUGGUGAUUCACGAUCAGUCCUGGGUGUGAAGGGCCGUGCAAAGCCCCUCUCCUUCGACCAUAAGCCUCAGAACGAGGGCGAGAAGGCCCGUAUCAGCGCCGCUGGUGGCUUCGUCGACUUCGGUCGUGUCAAUGGCAACCUUGCCUUGUCCCGCGCCAUCGGUGACUUCGAAUUCAAGAAAAGCCCGGAGCUUUCUCCCGAACAGCAGAUCGUCACCGCAUACCCCGACGUAACUGUUCACGAGCUCACAAACGAUGAUGAGUUCCUAGUUAUUGCCUGUGAUGGUAUCUGGGACUGCCAGUCCUCCCAGGCUGUGGUUGAAUUCGUCCGUCGUGGCAUUGCCGCUAAGCAGCCCCUUGCCCGGAUCUGUGAGAAUAUGAUGGACAACUGUCUGGCCUCGAACAGCGAAACCGGCGGCGUUGGAUGUGACAACAUGACCAUGACCAUCAUCGGACUUCUACAAGGCAAGACUAAGGAGGAGUGGUACAACCAAAUUGCAGAGCGGGUUGCGAACGGGGAUGGACCUUCCGAGUUCCGCGGCCCCGGGAUCCGGAACCAGUUCGAGGAUAACCCCGAUGAAUAUGAUCAGGCGGCGGAGCGUAACCGUGGCUACAGUGUGCGUUCGGGCCGUAUCAUCCUCCUAGGUGAUGGCACCGAAGUCAUCCCGGAUCAGAACGAGGAGCUCUUUGACCAGACCGAGGAGGAUCAGGACCUUACCAACCAGGUGCAGCACGACACCGCCGCUCGGAAUCGUGAGGCCACCCCGGGCCCUCAGGGGAAACAGGAGACUGGGACUGCUCAAAUAUCCGAGUCCCCGGCCUCCACUGACGCCGAGAAAGAGAAGUCCGCAUCGUAG